CUCUUCACUUCCUGUGUGCUGGAGAGAGUUAGUGAGUGAGUGAGCGUGCGCGUGGUCGCUCGCUCGCCCUCGUGUCCGCUCCGUGUCCCUGGAAACGCCGCCGCGGCCGCACAGCCCGGCCGUCGUGGCGCUGACAGCUGCUCAGACCGCUCGCUCCACAGCCCAGCUUACACUGACCCAGUCCCAGUUCACCCAGUAAACUCCACACACGCCCAGAAUGACCACUGAGGGAGCGGGGAGAGCAGGCUGUGCUAGUGGGGAUGACGAGGAAUGGCUUUAUGGAGAGAACGACGAAGAAGAUGAUGCCAAUCCUGCUGUUGACAACGAUGAUGAGAAGACCGAGACUGAAGUGUUCAGUGCGCUGGUCGGAGAAGUGGAAGAUGUCAAUGGGACAGCCAGCCAGGAAGGUGAUGAAGAGACUGACUCAGACAGUGACGAUGAUGACGAAGUGUGUGUUACCAUCGGCAACAUCAAAAGGGGUAGCAGCCAAAGCAUUAGCAGUAGCACUCCUGUCAGUUUUAACAUAAAGGCCUCCAGCAGAUCCACUUCGUCAGCCAGAGGAGUGGAUCUAGACGCUUCAGGCAGCAUCAGUGGUGCUUCUGUCCUGGAGCCGGGUGAGGAGUCAUUUGAGGAGAAGCCUUGGAGGAAGCCAGGUGCGGAUCUGUCUGACUAUUUUAAUUAUGGCUUUGGUGAGGACACCUGGAAGGUGUACUGUGACAAACAGAGGAGAAUGCGCAUGAGUCUGGAGGUCAUGACUUUGGGCUCCUCCAGCAAAACCAUGGUGAAUUAUGAUCGUGGUAAUUGCCCCUCUGUACUUGAUUCUUCCACCAGGAAGACAGACACCUCCAUCAACGUCACUCCAGGACAGACAGGAACCAUAAGCCGCGUGGAAGGGCGAAGACGUGCAGAAGAAAAUGACACAAACGUUGGUGUGCAGUCCUCGGAUGCUGAGUUCCAAUCCACCAAGCCGCAUCCUUUCCUUCCUCUUAAUAUACCUCCUCCCCCUUUUCCCCCUUUCCCCAUCAGCACCACUCCCUCUGUCAUCCCACCCCCUCCACGACUGCCCAUAAGAGUGCCACCACCUGGUUUUCCUAUUCCUCCUGGGGCACCUUCUCCUCCCUCCGCCAUACCGACAUUAGACAGCAGCCGUUCAGGGGGGAGUUACGAUGGCCGUUCUGCCCACUCAUAUCCUUUUUCUGCAGGUGUAUUCCCACCUGUUCUUGGGAGUGUGGGUUCCUGGCUUGAUUUGAUGGACAGUGCCAAAGCAAGCAAAUACUACAGCCAUCAUGACAAAAAGAGAGAAAGGGUGAGGGACAGAGAGAGGGAGUGGACCCGCGACAGAGAAAGAGAACGGGAGAGGAACAGAGAGCGGCAGCGUGAUCGAGAACACACUCCCGCGUGUCAGGGCCGCAGCAGUGAUGAGGAGUGUGUAAUGAGGCACAGGGAUCACAGUGAUCGUGAGAGAGAGAGACAUCGGGAGCGCAGUGGUAGAGCAGAGGAGAGAGAGGACCGGUAUCGCGAGAGAAGACACAGGGAGCACAGCGAACGUCAUAAACCCUCACGCAGCAGCUACAGCAGGAGAAGACACGCCAGCGACGCCGAAGAGAGCCACAGGAGACACCGGCACAAGCGCUCCAGACGCACCAGAGAGAGCACCGAGCCCAGCGAGGAGCACAGCGCCGAGCACGACAACCAAUCAGAGGCCACUGAAGCCUAGCUUUAUAGAGGGGUCUUAUUUUUUUAUUAUUAUUUUUUUAAUUCUCUCUUAAGCCCAACAGCCAAGCAGUGUCUGAGGAGGGCCAUUUUUCAUUUGGGCCAGUGAAAGGUCAGGCUCAUACAGAGCUAACUUAUGUUGUAUUUUAAGCUGUU